AUGGGUGACUAUGGCCAAUAUGACGUGCCCAAGGCGGAUGAGAUGAUCAAUUUCAAGGUUGGUCAACCUGCCCCAGCCAUGCUACCGCUGGACAAGAUCCGCGAGGCUGCCACGAUCAAGUUUGCCGAGACAGAUCCCAUGUUUCUACAGUACGGCGUGAUCAAAGGCUACCCAAAGUUCCGCAAAGCGCUAGCCCAGUUUCUUACUAAGGGCUAUCAGCAUGACGUAGACCCAGAAAAGAUUUUUGUUACCAAUGGUGUAACAGGCGGUCUUGCGCUCAUUUGCUCAUUAUUCCUCCAGUCAGGUGACCUCGUGUUCAUGGAGGAACCUUCAUACUUCCUGGCGCUCAGCAUCAUGAAAGACUUUAAAAUUAACGUCCGUCAAAUUCGCAUGGACGAGGAUGGUCUUGACAUUGACGAACUUGAGCGUCUUCUUAAACGUGGUAUCGUACCUAAGAUGCUCUAUACGAUCCCGACGUGCCACAACCCAACAGGACGUACCCUCUCAAUUGAAAAGCGUAAACGUCUUGUCGAACUUAGUGUUAAGUAUGGCUUUAUCGUUGUCGCUGACGAAGUGUAUCAACUACUGUCAUUUCCGCAUGUAACUCCUCCUCCACCCAUGUUUACCUUCGAUACACACGACACGGUGCUCGCACUAGGCAGUUUUUCUAAGAUUCUCGCACCUGCGCUUCGUUUGGGCUGGAUCCAGGGCUCGCACAAGCUGCUGAGCAAGAUUGAAGGAUGUGGUCAACUUGACUCUAGUGGGGGGAUUAGUCCAGUCAUUUCGGGAAUUGUACACGCUGCCGUAGCUUCAGGUCUUCAACAACAGCAUCUUGACACGACAGUGCAGACACUUUGGGGUCGUGCUGAUGCUCUGAUGAAAGAGCUGAAGACCUGCCUGCCUGCAGGCGUAUCCUUUGAGGUCCCAGAUGGUGGCUACUUUGUUCUAGUUCGUCUGCCCGAGGGCAUGAAUGCUAACGACUUACUGCCGAUUGCUCAGAAGCACAAAGUCAUGUUUUUGCCUGGCGCUUCAUUCAGCAGCAACAUGAAAAAUUACUUACGUCUCAGUUUUUCUUGGUACGAUUUGCCUGACAUGCAGCUCGGUGCUCGUCGUCUUGCAGAUGCCAUUCGUGACUAUCAGAAAGUAUUUGCGGAACAACAAAAGCCACUUUCGGAUGACAAGAAGAGUAAAGGCGAAGGAGUGCGAGUAGCCGUGCACGGCCACAAUGGCCGCCUUGGAUCACUUAUUGUGGCUGAGUUGAAUAAGCUCACAGACAAUAGCGCGAGCUUUGCUGGUCCAAUAAUUACUCGGCUGAACACCAAAAGUCAAGCUUUAGAUUUGAAUCACGUCGACGUCAUCGUUGAUGUGACGCUGCCUGCUGGCACCAAAUCAUUAAUUUCGUUCUUAACCGAACAAAAAGACGCGGGUACGCUACAAAAACUACCCGCGCUGGUUGUUGGCACCACGGGAUCACUUCCUAUGGAGGACUUGGAAGCGUAUUCUAAGCACGCGCCUGUUGCCUUACGCUCAAACUUUUCCGUGGGUGUGCCACUUGUGGCUGAACUCCUCAAAACGGCAGCUUUCAAGCUUCCCGCUGAAGGAUGGAACGUCGAAGUGACGGAAAUUCAUCACACUAAAAAACUUGAUGCUCCUAGCGGCACGGCCAAGACACUUGUCAAGUCGUUGGCUGCCACUGGCGCUCCAUGUCUGGGCGAGACCGGUCAAGCUCCGACGCACUCUUUGCGUCUAGGUGACGAGAUUGGCCAACACACUGUGCUGUUUGCUGGACCAGGCGAGCGCAUUGAGAUUAAACAUCAGGCCACUCGCCGUGAGGUGUUUGCUAUUGGUGCUGUGCGCAUUGCCACGCAAGCUCUUUCGAUGCCUCUUGGCCUGCACUUGGACUAA